ACUUAAGUGAAACCUUCAGACAUCGCCUUUUAACAUGCAAUUACUUGUAUGUUUUGCUCUCACUUUUAUUAAUUUUCUUCAUUGAAUCAAUCAUUAAUUUUUAAUAAUUUGGUGCGUUUGUUCAUCAACUCUUCAGUUUUGUUUCCCAGUGACAUAUUUAAGAGUACAACAUAGGAACUAUAUAAAUUUAAUGUUCCUAUGUUGUUCUGAAUUUUACAGUCACACAUAAAAAGACUAUCUUUUUAUUCACAAUUAUAGUGAUCACGAUUGUGGUUUCUCUUUUCUAUUAAUUUUUGCUGAUUUUAUUGCCAUUGUUGGAUACACCUCCAAAUGUCUACUUGACUUGUGUUGGAAACACUUGGACUCAUACAAUUGUGUCUGUUAGUUUAUUUUUGAUCGUUUUGAAAUUUAUUUCUCUCUGACUCCUCGUAUUAUGGAACGUGGUGAAGUGGAAAAAUUAAGAGAACAUCUCUCUUUAUUAAGAGAACAGUAUGUCAAAUUACAAUCCAAAAAUUCUGAGAUUGAACGCAAAUAUAAUGUUCUGGUGGCAAGUGCCGGAGAAACCAACGAGAAUCAUUUUGUUAACCGUCUAAUGAAAACUAUUGCCAAUCUAUUGGAUAAAGAGGAUUAUAGUGAUUGUACCAUUUUGUUGAACGGAGGAGAAAUCAAGGCUCACAAAUUUAUUCUUAGCUCAAGAAGUGACCAUUGGGGCGUUGAAGAUCUGAAUGAAAUUAGUACUCUCGAUUGGAAGGAUAUACCUUACGAUACUGGUUUAGUUAUUUUGAAAUGGAUUUACACCGACCAAAUUGAUUUAACAAGUAAUAUAGAAGAAACUAUCUUAACCAUCAUAAAAAUAGCCAAGAGAUUUCAUUUAAGCUCUUUAGUGGAGAAAUGUGAAGAAUCACUGAUGUCUUUUGUUAAUGUCCGUAAUUGUGUAAAAUUUUACCAAAUUGCUGAUGAAAUUCAAGCUGAUGUACUCAAAAAUCACUGUUCUCAGUUAAUUUCCAAUUACUGGAAUGACUUUGGCUCUGAUGAUUUUGCUCAUAUGUCAGCUUCCCUUCUUUUUAAUAUGUUCAAGGCAAAGACGAGAUUUCCUCUUCAUCAAGCAAUCAAAAUCAAAAGAGAAGAUGUUGUCUUUCUAUAUCUCAUUGAAUAUGACAGUCAACUAUUCACCAAAAUCAAUGAAUUCGAUGAAAGUGGAGAGAUUCCAUUAAAUUUAGCUCUAAAAACUGGUCAACUUAGUAUUGCUAAAACUUUACUUCGCCAUCAAGCUAACAUUAAUGCUGUGGAUGACAACUCGCGAACUUUAUUACAUCGUGCCAUUGAACGCGAUGAUGGAGAGUCGAUUAAUUUCUUGAUUGAAUCGAGUGCCUCUGUUCAUAUUGCUACAUCAAAGGAAAAGCUUACUCCAUUACAUCUAGUGUGCUCCAAAAAAUUGUCUGAUCCUACAAUCUCUACGAAAUUACUUGCUGCCGGAUCAGAUCCAAAUCUUCAAGAUGCAGAAGGGAACACUUGUCUUCAUCUGGCCAUUUUACAUGAUAAUGAAAUUGUUUUCAAUGAACUUCUAGAAUAUCGAAAUAUAUCACUAGAUACUAGAAAUGCCAAAGGAUUUACACCAUUAACAUUGGCUCUCUCACAGCUUGAGAGCAAUGACAUUUUUGCUAUCAAGUUAGUUGAAAAGGGUGCCUCUGUUGAUUCUUCGGACCCUUCAUCCGGCAAUUCAUUGUUGCAUAUUGCUGCUUCUGAGAAAAAUGAAUCUGCUGGCAUUUUCUUGAUUAACCAUGGAGCAAAGAUUAAUGUUACUAAUAAAAAAGGCGAGGCUCCUUUACACAUUGCUGCGUCCCUUGGUUUGGAGAGGUUGGUCAAAACAUUAUUGGAAAAUGGUGCCAAUUGUAACAUUGUUACUUCAUCAACUACAGUUAACAGUAGUGAUCCUUUUGCUUCACCAACUGAAAGAAUUUCCAGCGAUGAACUGCAAGUCUUUAAUCAAACACCGUUGCAUUUAACGGUUCUCAAUAAACAUGAAAACAUAAUUCGUAUUAUUUUGAGUUGUAAAGCAUCUGAUGGUAAAGACCUUGGAUCGUCUAUCACCCUCCCAAAUCUAAAUAUCAAAGAUUCAAAUGAUGAAACACCUCUUUCUAUAGCAAUCAGAUUGAAGUUAUUAGAUAUUGCUCAGUUAUUGAUUGAUGAAGGAGCCAAUGUUAAUAUUAAAGACUCAACUGGAUAUACAUUACUUCACAAAGCAAUCAUUAAUGAGGAUUCUAGAGGAGCUUUGUUCCUCUUAAAUCAUGGUGCUGAUAUUAAUCUUUCCACGCCAAAUGGUGAAACACCAUUACAAUUAGUUGUAAAACAUCAACUCGAAUCAGUCUUAAUCGAUUUGUGUUCUAAAGGAGCUGAUGUAAAUACACUUGACGAGAAUGGAAACUCUCCGCUCUGGAUUGCCUUGGAAAAUAAAAAUGAAGAUAUUGCAUCUAUUUUGGUACAAUAUGAAUGUGAUACAAACUGUUGGGGUGAAGGGCCUGGUGGCUGUUGGCAAACCAUUCUUCAUCGAUCUCUCGACGAAAAUAAUGAGUUUAUCGCUGUUUUCCUUAUUCGAAGUGGAUGUGACCUCAAUUCACCUCGUAAACCAUCUCCUGAUGGUAAAGGUGACGAAGAGGCUCACGAUGGCCAAACACCGUUGCAUAUGGCAUGUGCUUGGGGACUAGAGAAUGUUGUACAAACAUUACUCGAGUUUGGAGCAAGUGUAAAUAUUCAAGAUGCCGAUGGAAAAACUCCUCUUCAUAUUGCUAUUUUUAAUCAACAUUCAACCAUAAUAUCUCUCCUUCUCUGUCAUCCCUCUCUUAAUCUUAAUUUACGAGAUCGUAAUGGAUGUACACCUUUUGCCACAGCAAUGAGCAUAAAAAACAACAAAGCUGCUCAAGAGAUUCUCAAUCGGGACCCCAAUUCGGCGGAAAAGUAUGAUGCCAAAGGAUACAAUUUUCUUCAUACCGCAAUUAAACGUGGUGAUAUUGAAAGUGUCCUCUUCUUGUUAUCAAUUAAUGUUAACAUUCAUUCUCGAGUCCAAGAUCCAGUCCAAAUGACACCUCUCCAUUUAUCUGUUGAAUGUGGAUCAGAGUUGAUUCUUAGAAAUUUACUUUUGGCUGGUGUGAACAUUAAUGAUGUGACCGCACAAAAGCAAACUGCUCUCCAUAUUGCCGCUGAACAUGAUCACAGUGUUAUUGCAAGUAUUUUGUUGGAAAAAGGAAUUGAUUUCAAUGUUGCCGAUAUUAAUCUUAAUAAUGCCUUACACAUUGCAUGCCAAAAAGGUCACCUUGCAACAGUAAAAGUUCUAAUGAACGAGUCAACAAUUCAAUCUGACGCUUGUAACGCCAAGGGACAAACUCCUCUUCAUCUUGUUGCCCAAUUCGGGCGGGAUAAUGCUGCUGCUAUUUUUGAACAUUUCAUUGCAUGUGAGCCUGAAUAUCCAAUCAAUAAGCCUGAUGCAGAGGGUAACACUGCUUUAUUGCUAGCAUACAUCAAUGGAAACGUUAAUCUCUGCCGUGCUUUAGUUAAAAAUCGAGCUUGCCUAGGAACAAGUAAUAAAAGCGGCACCAAUUUGUUUAACUGUCAAGUAGCAAGUAAUUCACUUUUAUAUAAAUUAUUGGAUUCAUUAGAUGCAGAACCAGUUUGGACUGAGGGCAAUGACUGUUCUGAAUGCUCUCGAAAGUUUAGCAUCCAAUAUAGGAAACAUCAUUGUCGCCAUUGUGGUCGUAUUUUGUGCUCUAACUGUUCUGCCAAAAUGAUUACAAUUCCCAAAUUUAACCUAAACAGAUCGGUACGAGUUUGUGAAAUUUGUUUCGAUGUAUUAAUGAUGGGAUUCUCAGCAUAAAUUUUUGUUUAAUUUAUCGUCUACGUUUGUGACAUAUCUAAAAGUUAUAUACGAAUCAAUUUUUUCUUUCACCCUGUUUCGGAAAUAAAAAAAGCUGAGCGCAAACAUGAAAAAGUACAUUCCGAUCAAACAAUAAAUCAAUCUAUUUUAUUUGAUUAA